GAGAACUUUGCACGUUGAUAAAGAAGAGCACGUGAAGAUAACACCAUAGCUAUUUUCCCAGUAUGGAGCUGAAGAAACUAAAGGAAGAAAAUGCUGCUCUGCGAAAAGAAUUAUUGGAGUCAAGGACGCUGUACAAUCAGUUGGUGCAAGAGACAUCCCACGAGAAGUUUGAUGAGAGGAGGAUUAACAUGUUAAAGUCUCAGGUGAUCCAACUGGAAAGACAGGUAUGUUUACAAGCAGCUGCUGGUGAUAUCUGAUGCUUGACCUCUAGAUCCAGAACUAUUAUGGAGGUGGAAAACGCCCUCAGCUGGCUAGUUCAACAGUGUAGGUUGUUCAUUUCACUGGACAUUUCGGGACCAGAUGUGCCUGUUCCUAGAUCCAAACUGAUGGAAAUCGUGGAAAGACUGGAAUCUACCAGAAUCAAAGUAUACAAAAACAUUGAGAACACCAGCGUGGAGGCACUGUCCAAACCCAUGGAGUUUUUCAGUGAUUUUGUGAAACCUGGCAAACAAGGAGAAGUGUCUCUGUUUGACAUAUGUUCAGGCAAACUGGAUCAUGUGAACCUGAAACAAGUGGCCAAACUCGAGUCUCGACUGUGUCAUCUGUACAAGGACCUGUUGACCGUUCAUGAAGCGCUGACCAGCCCUCAGACUGACUCCAGGUUGACUUCAGUGCUCACCUGUCCAGCCUCAGCUGACCGUCUGACCACUCAGCUGUUAAAGGCUCUGGCCAGACUUGAAGAUUGCACCAAGGAUCUCCUGUCCCUCUCGCUGCUUUACCCUGCGGCUCCUUGGCCAGUUUUAAAAAGACCAUUGACUGGUGAAGUAACACUAGACAAAGUUGUCUCCUCUUUACCAACUCUUCCACGGUCAAAGGCAGGGGAGGUACAAAAGGUCUUAGAGGCCCUAACCAAAGUCACCAAUCACAAACUUCAUCUACGAGAUCAAGAGGUGAAAGCCUUGAAAGAUGAAGUGAACUUCCACAACACGGUGUACAACCUCCAAAUUGAGUACAUGCAGGCUUUGUUUGAAGCAGUCAAGUGCGUGACGGCAGGCUACAGAGAUUUUGAAGAUAGUGUGGAGGAGUCCCUAUGUAAGCCAUUGACAGAAAUACUAUGCCGUUACAAAGAGCUCAAAAACACAUCCUCAGAAGAAGACCUGCGCCUUUUCCUGAAAUCCUUUAAGGACCAGUCAGAUAAUCUGGAAUUCACCAUUUCUUCCUUAUCCAGAUUACACAGCACUGACGGUGAAAGUCCAGGACUAGAGGGGCUGUCAGCAUUUGGAAGGGACUUUUUCCUAGCCAUUGAGAAGCAGUGUCAACAGGUGAAGAAAACAAGAGACCAGAAUGCAAGGGACAAUAUAGCUCUGAAGGAACAACAGGAUAAGCUAGAUUCGGCUUUAGCGGAGCUGCUAGAGCAAAGGGAGAUAAUAAAAGCACCGUCGGAUAACAGCGGAGAAACAGAGAGCAAAUCCUCUGCUACAAACAAAAUGGUGCUUCAGAAAAACAAGGAAGAAGGUCCUCAUGUAGAGUUCCACCUCAAAACCGAUAAGAGCUCGGACCAAAAUUCAAGGAUUUCAUCUCAGUUGGAUGAAAUGACUUUGAGUAGCCCACCCAAAGAUGUGUCAGACAGAGAUAGUGAUAGCUCAUCAGUCAGUAGUCAUAGAAACUCUAAGCUCCGCCCACCUUCUGCAAGUGGUCCUCAGUCUUCUGCCAAGAGCCCAGUUAGUUACUCUAAAAAUAGGACACUAAAUCUGAGGCGAUCUGGAAGCCUGUCAAGAGUCAGCCAAUCAAAAAGUCCCACCUUUCUACCUGGCUUGUCAAAUGAAAAUUCUCAGUCAACUGACUCCAUUUCGGCAGACAUUAAUAGGCCAGUGACACAGACUGGAGCUAAAAGUUCACGCAAAGGAAGUGAUUCAGCAGAAUUGCCUAAAAACCAAACUGCGUUACCCAGAAGGAAAAUACCAACUCUAAAGGCCCCGUUUCGAUAACCUAACUAAAGAAGGAAUGACUGUGAUAGAAAACAAAAAAAACACUGUGAAGUAACUGGUUCACACAAAUCAAAGAAAUAUUUUUUGAUGUUCCAGCUGAAAAUGUUUUUGGAGUGUAUAUGUAUUUAAUUGACACGUUUAUUUUCGUCCACUGAUCUAACAGCAUAUUGUUAUUUGUAUAUACAUAUAGUGCAAGCUAGGCUUAAGUUCUGUAUUAUGCUUUGAGCUUGCCAGUGGUUUUUCAGUGGACUCAUUGUAGAAUGUAAAACAUUUCUUGGGAUCAGUUUUAUGUGAAGCAUACUUCGCGUUAAGUGUACUUAAUAUCUGUAUAAUACAGGUUGUGAUGGGAGAUUUCUUGGGGUCAGUUUCAUGAAGCGUACUUUGCAUUAAGUGUACUUAAUAUGUCUACGCUAUAGGUUGUGAUGGAAAAUUUCUUGUCAGCUUCCUGAAGCAUACUUGCACUUCGCAUUAAGGGUACUUCAUAUCUUUACAAUAUUGGUUGUGAUGAACGAUUUCUUGCAGUCAGUUUCAUGAAGCAUACUUCGCAUUCAAUGUGCUUCAUAUCUCUACAAUACUGAUUGUGAUGGAAGAUUUCUUGGGGGUAUACAUACGCAUACUUCGCGUUUAUAAGUGUACUUCAUAUCUCUACAAUACAGGUUGUGAUGGAAGAUUUCUUGGGGGUAUACAUACGCAUACUUCGCGUUUAUAAGUGUACUUCAUAUCUCUACAAUACUGAUUGUGAUGGAAGAUUUCUAGGGGGUAUACAUACGCAUACUUCGCGUUUAUAAGUGUACUUCAUAUCUCUACAAUACAGGUUGUGAUGGAAGAUUUCUUGGGGGUAUACAUACGCAUACUUCGCGUUUAUAAGUGUACUUCAUAUCUCUACAAUACAGGUUGUGAUGGAAGAUUUCUUGGGGGUAUACAUACGCAUACUUCGCGUUUAUAAGUGUACUUCAUAUCUCUACAAUACUGAUUGUGAUGGAAGAUUUCUAGGGGGUAUACAUACGCAUACUUCGCGUUUAUAAGUGUACUUCAUAGCUCUACAAUACAGGUUGUGAUGGAAGAUAAGGACUUGUCUAGCUAAGUGUGCUUCAUGGAAUUUCGCCCUGGUCGAGUAUUGUUGAAUAUUUAGGUAAAA